AAUACCCUGUAAUUAGUCUCCGUUAUUUAUCUUGGGUCUUCUCUGCAGCUAAGAGGCCAGGCAAACCUUACUGCCAAGCAAGAAUUGACUCCAAAUAAAGGUGCAAUGAUGAGGAAUUUUAUCGUAGUUGUGAAUAUUCUGGCAUUAACCCUGCCCUUUUUGGCUGCAAAGGUACAAAACCCAGAUUCAAACUGCCGUGGUGAGAAUAAUGACAUAGUGUAUGAUGAGCAAAGAGUCCUGUACACACCAGUCCGUUCCGUCCUGAACCUCAAUCAAUAUGAACCUAAUUACUACCACUACAGGCCAUCUUUGCCUGUUGGCCCAUACAUGUACUUCCCACUUGUUUUUAGACUACUUCUGCUUAGGUCUCCAGCCCCAAUCUCCAAAUGGCAACCAAUGCCAAAUUUCCCCCAGACUGCUGGAGUACCUCAUGCCAUUCCAAACCCAUCCUUUCUUGCCAUGCCUACAAAUGAAAAUGAGGAUAACACCGCCAUUCCAACCAUCGACCCUAUUACUCCCAUUGUGUCCACACCAGUUCCUACCAUGGAGUCAAUGGUAAAUACUGUGGCCAAUCCUGAAGCUUCCACAGUGUCUAUCAAUACCCCUGAGACUACUACAGUCCCAGUGUCCUCAACUGCAGCAUAAAACACUAAGGAAACAUUGAAAAAGACAAUAAAGGUCUGGAGCCAAAUUUCAACUUCAAACUCCUUCAGGAGAAACUCUGCCAUCAUUCAAGAGAAAAUGCAAUUUUCACAGAUUCAGAUCUUUCUCAUCUUCUCUUACCUUUUACAUUAACACCACAGUUAAUUUUGUUUUUUUGAUUCUUAAAGAAUAAAGUUAAUGAAAUGCAAUUAAUACAUCUUAAA